GAAAGCAACAAUCUUUAGAAUCACCAAUCAGAUAAUGUUGAUCGGUCAACUUUGGACCAAGAAGAGGCCUUGGAAUAUCAUCUCCUGGAACAACCCUGUCAAUUCCCAAGAAAAGAACCAUGGCCCAGACGGAUUAAAGGAGUUGCCCCAAGAUCCUGCAGUCACUCCAUUGCUGCCAUUUUCCUCUCCGGUCCCUAAUGACAGCCAAGCCUGUAGCCUUCCGUGACAUGCAGAAAGGUUCACGGCCAGUCCAGGACCACCACCUAGCCCCGCAGCCCCGCACGCAGUCCUCAAGACCUUCCCAGGCUCGGCUCCUGAUGAGUAACAGCAGUCUCCGCUCAUUUGAGGACCAAGUCCUCUGUCCCAUCUGCCUGGAGGUGUUCCGCAACCCGGUCACCACCGCCUGCGGGCACAACUUCUGCAUGACCUGCCUCCAAGGUUUCUGGGACCACCUGGCUACCCUGGGCGAGACCCUGUACUGCCCCCAGUGCCGAGAGAGCUUCCCCUCCAGACCGCGCCUCUGCAAGAACGGCAUCCUGGAGGACAUGGUGACCUGCUUCACCCAGGUCAAGGGCCAGACCUUGGGGCCCUCACGGACUCUGGCCGGGCCCAGGGACGUGCCCUGCGACUUCUGUUCCCCCCAGAAGCUUAAGUCGGUCAAGUCGUGUCUGCAGUGCAUGGCCUCCCUGUGCAAGAAGCACCUGAGCAGCCACUUCGAGGACCAGAUGUUCCAGGACCACCAGCUGCUGGAGCCCGUGUGGGACCUCCAGAGCCGCCUGUGCCGGAAGCACCGCAAGCUGAGGCGGCUGUACUGCCGGACGGAAGGCAGCUGCGUGUGCGGGGCCUGCCUGCUGGAGGAGCACAAGAACCACGACACCGUCCCCCUGGAGGAGGAACGCGCCCGGAAGGAGAUGGAGGUUCGGAAGGUCCAGGCCAGUGUGGAAAACCAGAUGCUGAUCAUCAACUCUGACAGCCAGAGGCACCGGGGGCAGGUGGCCUUUCUCUCGAAAUUGAUCCAGACAACACGCGAUGAGGUGAAUGCCUGCUUCUCAGAGAUCAUCCAGGAGGUCAAACAGCUGCAGAUGAAGAUCUUGGAUUUUGUCGAGAAAGAAGAGACAGCCGCUCUGGGGAAGCUGGGCAGCUCCAUCCAGCAGAGCCACAACCGGCUCCUGAAGCUGGAGGGGGACAGCAUCUGGCUCCGCACCCUGCUCGCCAACAGGAGUGACCAGCAAUUUCUGCAGGAGUUCCCCAGGCUGAAGCACUUUCCAGCCUGCUCGGAACCCCUGAUGGGCACCAGCUUCGAGGAAAAGCAGAGCUUUCUCCAGUUGCCGGAGACGCUGGCGGAGCUCCGGACGCGGCUGAUGGACAUGGGUCUCGCCUUCAUCAAUCAGUUCCUUCUGAAGGGCAUUAAGAUGAACUCCUAUGAGUUGCUGCCGUCAGCUGUGGACAGGAAAACACUUCUCAAGUAUUACUGCAACCUGAACUUCGACCCCACCACGGCCGGCGAGGAGCUGUUCCUGUUCCAGGAGACCCACUCGGUGCUAAACCUGGGCAUCCUUCUGGAGCCCUUCGCCGCGGGCGGCCCCUUCCCCGGCUUCAAGCAGUGGCCGCAGGUGCUGUGCUCGCGCGGCCUGUCCGAGGGCCGCCACUACUGGGAGGCCGAGGUGUCCGACUCGUGGGUGUGCCUGGGCCUCACCUACCGCCACAGCCCCCCGGCCGGCAGCCGCCCGCGCCGCAACAUCGUCUACCUGCUGGGCCGCAACCCGUACUCGUGGUGCCUGGAGUGGGACUCGCUCAAGUUCUCCGUGUGGCACAACAACACGCAGACGGCGCUGCACGGCGGCUACCACCGCACGCUCGGCGUGGCCCUCGACUGCGCCGCCGGCUGCCUCUCCUUCUACGGCGUGGCCGGCGGCGUGAGCCUGCUCUACCGCUUCCUCGGCUCCUUCCCGGAGCCGCUCUACCCCGCGGUCAUGGUCAGCAGCGGCGCCUCGGUCACGCUCAAGCAGCGCCCCGAGGCAGAGGCGGAGGCGGCCAAUAAAGCUGGACUCUAGCGCUUG